GGUUUCUCUGAAUCACCUGACCUUGAGUUUGAAUAUUCAGACAGUGAUAAAUGGGCAGCAGAACUUUCAGAACUCUAUAGCUACACAGAGGGCCCUGAGCUUCACUUGAAUAGAAAAUGCUUUGAAGAAGAAUUCAAGACUCAUGUGAAAGACAAGAAAUGGACUGAAGUGGAUAUCUCAGAGCAUCAGACACAUGCCAUGAGAUUGCUGGAUGGCCUAGAGGUAACUGCCAGGGAGAAGAGGUUGAAAGUGGCUCGUGCUAUACUUUAUAUGGCACAAGGUACUUUUGGUGAAUGUAACUCUGAAGAAGAGGUCCACCAAUGGAUGAGAUAUAAUAUAUUUCUGCUGCUUGAAGUUGGCACCUUUACUGCAUUGGUAGAACUACUCAGCAUGGAGAUUGACAACAGUGCAGCAUGUAGUAAUGCAGUGAGAAAGCCAGCAAUCUCUUUGGCUGACAGCACAGACCUAAGAGUGCUACUGAACAUUAUGUACCUGAUGGUGGAGACAAUCCGUCAGGAAGCCGAGGAAGAUAAUCUGGAGUGGAGGGCAAUGAGGGAGACCUUCAGAACAGACCUAGGUGUAUCCCUGUACAACAGUGAACCAUUUUCAGUUAUGCUGUUUGGGAUGGUGACCAAAUUCUGCAGUGGCCAUGCUCCUCAUUUCCCCAUGAAGAAGGUCCUCUUAUUGCUUUGGAAAACUGUGUUGCUGUCACUAGGAGGCUUUGAAGACCUGCAGGUUCUUAAAGUUAAGAAGCGUGAGGCACUUGGUCUUCCACCACUCCCCGAAGACAGCAUUAAAGUGAUCCGUAACAUGAGAGCUGCCUCACCACCAGCGUCUGCCUCUGACCUAAUAGAGCAGCAGCAGAAGCGGGCUCGUAGAGAGCACAAGGCACUGAUGAAGCAGGACAAUUUGGAUGCUUAUAAUGAGAAAGACCCAUACAAAACGGAUGAUCCGCGUGAAGAUGAUGAUGAGAAUGAUGAUAAUGAUAACUCGAUUGAGGCAGAAACAUUUUCUUUAGAAAGGGAAGAGGUUUUGCCACCAGCAAUCCCACAUGCAACUGUUGAACGACUAUCAGUCCCAAAGGGUCUACCUUGGGCCCCAAAAGUGAGAGAAAAAGACAUUGAAACAUUUUUGGAAUCCAGCAGGAGUAAGUUCAUCGGUUAUACUUUAGGCAAUGACACCGAUACUGUUGUUGGAUUACCACGGCCCAUCCACGAAAGUAUCAAAACUCUGAAGCAGCACAAGUACGUUUCAAUAUCUGAAAUUCAUAUCAAGAAGGAGGAGGAAUAUUUGAAAAAGCCACUCUCUGCUGAAGGAUAUAAUUGCAUGGAGGAGGCUGCAGAGGAAAUUCACCAGGAUGCUGUCAGUGAUCGCACAAUUUUUAAAAGUACUUGGAUGAGCACUUUAAAUGUCAUGUUUGAGGCUGUGAGUCUCGCGUUGGGAGAUGAAGAUUUUGACCUGACACCUGCUGAAAUUCUGUACCAGGGUAUACUGCCCAGUCUGCCUCAAUACAUGAUUGCUUUACUAAAGAUCCUUCUGGCUGCAGCCCCAACCUCAAAAGCAAAGACUGAUUCAAUCAAUAUUCUUGCAGAUGUCCUGCCGGAAGAAAUGCCCACCACCGUGCUGCAGAGUAUGAAACUUGGAGUUGAUGUCAACAGACACAAAGAGAUCAUCGUAAAAGCAAUUUCUGCUGUCUUGCUAUUGUUACUUAAGCACUUCAAACUCAACCACAUCUAUCAAUUUGAAUACAUGGCACAGCACCUGGUUUUUGCCAAUUGCAUUCCACUUAUUUUAAAGUUUUUCAAUCAAAACAUCAUGUCGUACAUUACAGCAAAGAACAGUAUUUCGGUUCUGGAUUUUCCUUACUGUGUUGUACGUGAACUCCCUGAACUGACGGCAGAGAGCUUGGAAACAGGCGAUAAUAACCAGUUCUGCUGGAGGAAUCUCUUUUCGUGCAUAAACCUCCUUCGAAUCCUUAAUAAGCUGACCAAAUGGAAACAUUCAAGGACAAUGAUGCUGGUAGUAUUUAAGUCAGCUCCAAUCCUGAAACGAGCACUCAAAGUGAAACAAGCCAUGAUGCAGUUAUAUGUUCUGAAGUUGCUGAAGGUACAGACCAAAUACUUGGGUCGCCAAUGGCGGAAGAGCAACAUGAAGACAAUGUCUGCAAUCUAUCAGAAGGUGCGCCAUCGACUGAAUGACGACUGGGCUUACGGGAAUGAUCUUGACGCCCGCCCGUGGGAUUUUCAGGCUGAGGAAUGUGCGUUGAGAGCCAACAUUGAACGUUUUAAUAGUCGCAGAUAUGACAAAAACCCAAGUAAUCCUGAUUUUGCUCCAGUGGAUAACUGUUUGCAAAGUGUACUGGGACAGCAGCUGGUGCUGCCAGAGGAAUUCCAAAUGAACUACGACUUGUGGCUUGAGAGGGAAGUGUUCUCGAAACCAAUCAGCUGGGAGGAGCUGCUUCAGUAAUUUCCAACUCUAUACUGUAUCAGAGUCAAUCAUUCUGUAACUGUUUAAUAAAUUAAUCAAUGACUUCA